AAUAACAGACUCAUUGAUCUGCUAAGAAAGUGCGGUAAAAAUACUGCAGCAAAUCUUUCAGAAUGACUUAGGUCUCAUAGCGCAUACUCGAAUUUUUCAUCGUAUCAUUCGCGAUAUGGUAACUUAAAUAUCAAAGUCCAACUUGUUAUAGGAUUCUCGAGUUUCUACAUCCCUCCAAGUAACGUUCUAGUGAUUUCUAUUAUGGCGUUCCUAUCCGUUAUUAUUGCGAGUCUUAGUUCCUAUGCCGUUACCUCGUUGGUGUUACUGCAUUACCCAAAUCUACUUCACAAGUCCAAAAAUUUUAGAAAAAUCAAACACAUUAGCCAUCGGGGUGGUGCUGGAGAAAACUAUGAAAACACGUUGACUGCAUUUGCUCAUGCCGUAAAUCUCGAGACAGACAUGCUAGAAAUUGACUGUCAUAUAACUAGAGAUAAACAAGUUGUUGUAGCUCACGAUCCUUCACUCCUGCGACUAACUGGGGUUGAUGCAUUUAUAGAAGACCUGGAUUACCAUGAACUUCCCCUUCUUAAAACCACUCUUAACAUAGACUUUGAACCUGGCAAGCAUUUCACUGGAUUAGAGGAUGAAACCCAUCGCAAAAUUCCACUCUUAAAACACGUCUUUGAAUCUUUUCCUGAUGUGGUAAUAAAUAUUGAUGUCAAACAAGGAGAUGAUGAACUGAUAGAAGAGAUCGGUAAGCUAAUUACUGCUCAUAAAAGAGAAAGAUCAACCAUAUGGGGAAGUUUCAAAGAGGAAUCGAGCCUGAAAUGCUACAACCAGAAUCCCGAAGUUGCUCGCUAUUUUUCAAUAAAAGGAGUGAUCAAACUCUACUUAUACUUUUUUACGGGUCUUCUCCCUUUUAUCCCACUGGCGGAAACUCAUCUUGAAAUACCUCUCUAUUCUGUUAAAGACACCAGUCAGCGAACACGCCGCCAACAAAUGUAUCUUAGACUUGUGAGAUUUUUGAUUAUACGACCUGCACUUUUUAGGCAUCUUAACAAACGAGGAAUUCCGACUUAUGCUUGGGUGCUAAACACAGAAAAAGAAUUCCAAGUGGCACUUGAUGCCGGAGUGAAUGGAAUCAUGACUGACUAUCCUACAAAGCUGCGCAACUUUCUCCGCACACAAAACUCUUAAUUUAUAACAAGAAAAAUUACAAGCACAACAGUAUUAACAUAAAGAGCAAAAUCCUUAGUCAUUGUUUCCUUUCAUCCGUGUUGUGGAAAACUGUAGAGCUUUUCUAAAUAUAGCACGCGUUUUCUCAGCCGCAA